GAUGCAACUGGAUCCAGGCGGCGGGGCAAGCCUUCACCGACGUGGAGCAGUCACGGGAUCUGUUGGACAGAUGACACCUAGAAUAAUGAUGUGCUGUCCGCCAUAAUAAGUUCCUAAGUUGUUCCCAGAGCAGAGGGAUAAGCCUGUCAUCAUGGCUGGCUCCUCCGAAUCCUCUCUGAAUCUCCAGUCCGCACGGCCUUUACCAUCAUGGAAUUGUCUUGGGAUAGUUCCAAUCUCAGAUGUUCAUUCUGUCCUAGUGGGACUCAUAAACAAACUUUACAGUUAAUAGGCUACUCGAUGUGAUUGCCAUUUGCUUUGGGCAAUGUGGUCAUAGUAUAUAAUAUAUCAAGGAAGAAGCAGAGAGAAACACACGGAGUGGUCUGUCUACAGCAUGUCUGAAAAGCUUGGCUUACUGCACACUAGUGGGUUUGUUCUUCAGUUUUCCCAUAGUAAAGAACAAACUGAGCUUCUAGAAACCCGAAGCUUUUCCAGCAAUUCAACUAGCUAACUGUGAAAGAAAGAGCUUAUUAAAACAGUGAUAGGAAAUGGUAAACCUCUCUACAACACCUUAAUAAUAACAAUAGAAUUAUAUUUUUAAAAAACUGUGCUGGGUACAAAGACUGCACUGUCUCUACACAGAGGGAAUUAAGACAAAACCAAGCCUGGCAUGGUUCUAUACCCGAGUAAGCUCCACAUUUCAGAGGCUGAGGCAGGAGGGUCUAUCAAGACCCUGACAAGGGAGGUAGCUUAGUGCUUGCCUAGCAUGGGUUGAACCUCAUUGCAGGAAAAAUAAAAAAACCACCACAAUCAGCUUAGAAAGGUACAGAUGACCUGAGUGAAAGGUUCUGGGUGCAUGAGCAAGUGCUUCAGUCACUGGGAAUAGAGACUUAAAUAAGAUAGUUAACCCACAACUAUUAAAAAUAAUUGCCAAGUGUACUUUAAAUAUUCCCCUACUGGAAUAAAAGGCACAGUGCAGUGUUUCUGGAGAGGACCUCCCGCUAGCCAGGCCCCAUUUUAAAUAUAGAACAUAUCCCCCUCCCCCUAAAAAUAGCCAUCCACAUGGUGCACUCAGCAGGUGAUUGGCUCAAGAAGGAGGGGGGCGGGGGGAGGCGAGGUCUGGGUGAAGGAGAGCAAAAGGGCAGAGAUCCAUCAUAGCUUCUCCACCGCAAUGGCUCUGCCUCUGAGGUCGUUGAGCCGAGGCCUGGCGAGCGCAGCCAAGGGCGACCAUGGCGGGGCUGGAGCCAAUACCUGGCGCUUCCUGACCUUCCUGCUGGCACUGCCCAGUGUGGCCCUGUGUUCCCUCAACUGCUGGCUGCACGGGGGCCACCACGGGCGCCCCGAGUUCAUCCCCUACCACCACCUGCGCAUCCGCACCAAGCGCUACGCCUGGGGAGACGGCAACCACACGCUCUUCCACAACCCCCGUGUCAACCCCUUGCCCACCGGCUACGAGUAUCCCUGAGCUCCCGCCGCCAGUCUCCAGCCCAAUAAAGAGGUGGACGCUU